ACUCAAGACUUUAUUCUGUCAAAGUCUGUGCACCGUUAGCUUAGACGGACUCUACGUACAAUAGAUUAUAGGCAAGUCUUUGUUUUCAUUUUAUAACGUACACACUUCUUACAAAUAUAAUAGAACAAAAAAUCUCAUGACACAUAUGUAACAUAACAUAUUCGGUAGAUCACAUAACAUCGUGUGCUAUUAUUGCGCUAUUGUAAUCGAUCGCUAUAUAAUAACUUCAAGGCAGCUAACUCUUGAUACAUUCAGACACUAGACAUGGCACUGUCAGUGCAUAGCCCAUACGACAUGCGAAAACUAUUUAUUAUUGUGAUUAUAUUACUCAACCAAAAUCAACAAGUAAGUUGUGGCUCCAUAUUCGAGGUAAUAUUUGAUAAGUUGAUUGGUAUAAAACAUUCAAUUGUUACCACCAUUGAAAUGGUACGUAAAAAUAUACAAACUGCUUUUGUGCGAACCUUUAGUCUAAACCCACCGGCUGAAAAGCCCAGACGACUUCGAGACGUUUCAUCCAGUUUCAUACAACCAGCCAGAUUAUUUGAGAAAAUGUCUAAAUACGAAACACCCGACUUGAAAAAUGUUUUCUGUGGCGCAGCACAUUCUUACACUACUCCUCAGCUUUCUGCUUCUGAUGGAAGGAUCAUGGAAACUCACGUCGCAUACACUUUGGAUGGCUACAUUUUAACCUUGCACCGUCUGCAUUCCAGCCAAACUCACAGCAAACGAGAAAAAAGAACUAUUCUGCUCCACCAUGGUCUCCUAGGCAGCUCAGCGGAUUGGAUACUGCUUGGGCCCAAAAAGUCACUUCCAUAUAUUUUAUCCGAUGCCGGGCAUGAUGUUUGGUUGGCAAAUUCCAGAGGGAACUAUUACUCACGCACGCAUGUAUCAAUGAAGUGUAACUCUGAAAAAUAUUGGAACUUUUCUUGGCAAGAGAUCGGUGAGUACGAUCUACCAGCCACUUUAGAUUACAUCAGGAAGACAAAGAACAGUACAGAACCGAUAGAUUAUAUCGGUCAUUCCAUGGGUGCGACCGCUUUGUUAGUGCUACUUUCAGAAAAACGUAACUAUAAUAGCUACUUGAGGAUAGCUAUUUUGCUUGCCCCGCUGGCACGAAUGACAAACACUGGGGGUUCACUGCAUAUGUUGGCAACAAUGGAAAAGACUGAACUAGUGAGAAUUUUAGGAACGAGAGAAUUCAUGCCCAGUAGAAGAACGUCGCCGUUAUUAUCGAUGAAGAUUUGUCAUAGGUUUGAUGAGUUUUGCAACAAUCCUUUAUUUUUUCUAUCUGGCACUCCACUGCAAAAUGGUAUCCGGAGUAUACAGUUUAAGAAUAAACUGCAAGAAUACGUUCCUGCCGGAGGAUCUACGAAAACAGUCCAACACUAUCUUGAGUUGAUUAACAAUCGAGAAUUCCAUCAUUAUGGAAAACCCGAUCGUAAAUUCGAAUUAAAGUUUAUAAAUACUCCAAUACUGUUAAUAAGUUCGAAUGACGAUUCUAUAUCAAAUGUGACAGAUAACCGAAUUUUAUAUCUGUCUCUGGCGAAUCCUGUUGGUCAUAUCAUCAUAGAAGGCAAAAAUUUAAGUCAUUCAGAGUUGGCUUGGGGGUCUAAUGCAGACAUAUUGUUUUAUUACAAGAUAAAAGAUAUGAUUGACGUAGGUCUGAAUAUUAAUGAAAUAUUUUGAUAACUGUUUUUUUUGGGUACAUUUUUACUCUACCACCGAUCUUGACGUGUUAGUCAAACCAGACCUACUUAGACCAGAAUCUCCAGAACUGGUGUGCAUAUAUGUAUAAUUAUUAGACCGCAGUUUGACUUCUGAUCCUUAUAGUAGUGUUCUUCAAGGAACCCGAUGUUGCCAGGCUUAAAAGUGAUUCCGCUACCCCGACCAGCCCCUUGGGUUCCCUUACAAUCCCCAUACAUUAGUCGUCGAAAAAACAAUACUUAGGUAACUUUUAAAAAAUGGUUUUGAUCCCCAUAAAGACGCAUACGACGCAGUUCUAUGGAUCCUGGUUUAAGUAGUAAAUAAAAUAAGUAGAUAAGCAUGUCGGAAUUGUGUUAUUUUGUUAAAGGGUCCCGUUUGAAUCCGACACUAAAUUAGAUUUUUUCUUAAUGCUAGGUGCCUUUACCUCAGAUAAAUUUUGUUUAGUUACCUCAAUCAUUCUAUUUUGAUAUCACAAUAUCUGGGCUUAAGCCCCAUUUGUACGUUAUAGUGAAGUGUUGGGAUAAAUAAAUAUAACGAAAAUUGCUGACUCAUUGAAUAUUAUCAUGGCUAAGAAUUUGAUUAAUCCUGUCCACUCAUAAUGUAUUUUUAUAAAAAUUCAUCCGGAAUAAAGUAAAAAUUCAUCAUACCACACCAGCUGGUAAAGGCCCUCUUGAUUGUUCAAAAACUGAUGAGAAAGUUGCAUUUUAUCUGCAUGUGUGGCAAAGUAAUAAAACGCAAAUUUUGAGUUGUUUCCUUAUAUUGGUUGGUAUAUUUGAGUUUUAAAUAAUGAUUCUGAAUGAUAAAUAUUUAUUGGAUAGAUUUUGUGUGAUAUUUUAGAGUUAGUAUUUUCCUUGCAUUAGUGUUGUGGAAAUUUUUGUUUCACUCGGUGGCAAAAUUUGUUUAACUCUCGUGCCUUGAAACCCUCGCAACGCUCAAGAUUUCACUUUUAAACCACUCGCUACACUCGUGGUUCAAUUUUGGAAUCUUUCGCUUGCUCGGGUAUCAAUAUUAGCAUGAGGGGUUAAACAACAACGUUGCCCUUUGUAAAACAAAUAAUUAUUAUCUUUUGCAAGAGGGGUUAUAGUUAAGUUUUUCCCUAAAAGUAAUGAAGGUUCUAAUAUUAUGUAAAUAUGUGAAAAACAGUGCGUUCUUACCGAUUUGGAAAAUUAAAGGGCUUAUUCCAUCAUUCCCAGUAACUUUGUUACAUAACUAUAGUUUUCUAGCAGUCAUUUCUGGUUAAAAUAAAAUCUGACAUAAAUCUACUUUAAUUACAAUUCAAUAAUGUUAAAAUGUUUAUUUUGACUUACUCGUACUGCGAUUUUUACUGGUAAGUGUGGUGCUGAUCUCCACAAGUUUUUAGAAAAUUCUCGAAUCGAAAAUCAACAGGAUAAUCCUUUUUUUCUCUAAAUGUUUGAAAGCGAAAGUUGCUUAUGAGUACAUGCACGACGAAUGCGCCACAGCUGCAGCAGCCGCCUUUAUUGCAAAAUAAAAACAUUAAAUAUUGCUACUCGCCGUGGGGAGAGAGACACAACAAUUGGGUAAGGACGUUUUCACAACGGUUUUUAUAUAUACAUAUAUAAAUUUAUAUUUUUUUAUAUAUGAUGCAAGUAUGCGAGUAGAUAAAAAUAACAUAAAAAGGCAUGAUGUCUACGUAAACCUUUAAUUUUUAUACGACUUGGUUUUUUACUUUUUUUAAACCCGACAUAAUACGAGUAUAUUGGCCAUGAUUUAUUUAAAUUAGGUAUCUGUCGAACUACACAUAGAAUACACUAGAUUCAUACCAAGAGAAAUUGGCAGCGAUUCUGAUAUCCCAGACAGUGUAAGUGUCAAGUAAAAGUCAUAAUUUGACAUUUAAAAUCAAAAUCUAUAUAUUUUUUGCCUUAAAACUAGUAGCUACUCAACGUAUAACUAGUGUUAUAUAGUUAUAAGCUAUAGGUACACAUUCUCGAAUCAAUCAAUUACUGAUGCUUUCAUUUAGGCGCUUAGCACACUAGAGCCGAAUCGCACGUGGUUCCGAUGUUUGAGCGAGAGAACGCUCUAUGCGGGUAUUACGAGUAUCGUGACAUCCCGUUCGCACGACGUGCGAAUCGAAUCCUGUGUGCUAAGCGCCUUAGAGUGCAUUUUAAUGCUAUCUUUAAUGGGAAUACGAAUAUAUGUGUACGAGUCUUUACUCAAUUUCUAUGACCCUUAAGCAAUAUGUUUACCCAUGAGAUGGAAUUAUAUGGCAGAUUAAAGUAUCGGUCAGCGUUGUGGAAUCAAUAAUAUUUAUUAUGCGUGACGCUUUUGUACAUUUGUACGUAUUAUAACCACUGCACCCCUUCGAAGGGGUGCACGUGUUUUUUUUUAUUGCUGGCGAGGGUGAGCAGGUUGAUCACAUUUUCUAUAAGUAGUGUUUAUUUAAUUUAAUAACAUUUGUUUUCUUGUUACAUAAAUGUAAUUGGCUAUAUAUACAUAUAAGUACACAAAAUAAAAAAGAAUUGUGUAUUUUUUUAAUUUUCAUGGUAAUGAUUCAAUAAAAGAAAUCUUUAUUGUAAUUAGUUAAAAGUAAGUACUAAUUAGCUAAAUGUAAGGUUUGUGAUAUUUUAUUUUGGCUGUCGUAUUUUUGGAACCUAAUUAGUUCAAGUAAUUUAAAUUGGUGAAUUAAACAUUGCUGGAAUAAGGAAAUCUUGGUUGUAAACAGUUUUUUUUUUGAAAUUGUGUUUUAAAACAUUUUAAAGUAUAUUUUUUAUAUAUAAUAUUAUAAAAACAGUUUUUCUUUACGGAACUCGAAACUGUUGUAAUAAUUUCAAAUAUUUUAUAUAUAUAUAAGAGAAUAUAUUUAAUAUAUUAUAUAUAUAUUCACGUACAGAUUUAACAUUUUCGCAAACCGGCUUCCCGUUUAUCUAAUAUAUUAUAUACAACAAGGCGCUCCGUUGAAGACAAUUCCCCUAGCCCCGGAGGGGUAGAAAAUAAAGAUGGUAACAGAAAUGACAAUGUCGGAGCAACAGGUCGAGUCUCGGCCUCAUGCUCAAAAUACUUAUAGCUACAUCGGUCAUAAUCCGGGGAAACAAGUGCCUUACCCGCCUUUACGAAAGUUAGAAAAAGUAAAAUAUAUAUAAACAUUAGUUUUUUUUUAACCACACACAUCAAAUUGGAAGUUUCAUAGAAUCGUAAUGGUAAAUAUUUGUUGCUUUCUAAUUGACGUGCAUGUUUGCUAUUCAGUUGUCUUCUAUUGAAUAUUUAAUAUAAAUGUCCCUAUGCUUAGUAGUUAUAAGUGAACGUCAGUGGGUGUUUGUUUUAGGAAGAGGUCCACUGAUUUAUUUUAUAUGUAGUUACACUGAGGUACACUGCAGGUUCACACGCCAUCCUACCGCUCACAUUAUAAUUAUAACCUACAAAUUACGACUUAAUAAAAUCAAACUACAGUUUUACUGUAAUGAAUAACUUCACUACAGUAAAAUUAAUAAAUAUUAUGCCAAAAUUAUUUAUUAAUUUAUACUGUAGUAAAUAUUUUUAUAUGAAAAUUUAAUCAAGUUUCUGUCAUUUUUUCAACACACUUAUUUAUUGAUUGUACUUGUUAUGUGCCUGAUUAUUGUAUAAACAUCUAGACUAUUA